AUGCCACUGACAUCGAUUAGCCACUAUUUCUUACAACGUCUCCAGCCAGGCACAGGCGGGGUCACGGGAACCCCAUCCUGGAAGGCGCACAUCACCAACACACAAACUCUUCGUGAUCUCCUUCACGCCUUUCUGCCAAUUCAUGCGCUGUCCACCUGGCACUGUAACACCCUUUCGGUGCCUAGCUACCAUGCCACCAUAAAGAAGCACGAGGGCUGGGAUACUGCCAGAUUUCCCAAGCCCAGACAGGGGAAGUCGAGAGCCAGUGGUCGGGUUCGAACCACGGGCCUUCCGCUGAGUAGGUUGGCCACAUCCACCCUCGGUAUGAAUGAAAUUUUCCCGGGCUUAUGGAUAGGAUCCUGCCCGUUCAAAGAAAACGCUCCCAAUCUGUUGAGAUUUGGAAUCAAAUCUAUCCUGACUUUGGAUGCGUUGCCCUUGUCGGAUGGAGUAUUCGAUUGUUUCAAUCGAAAAUUCAUCAGGCUACUUGAUGAACCCAGUCAGGACGUGCUGGACAUCCUCGAAGAGGCCUUAGAUUUUAUCGAUUUAUCUCUCACGACCGGAGGAAUUUUAGUGCACUGUGCCAUGGGUGUGUCCAGAAGUGCAACAAUUGUUAUUGCUUAUGUUAUGCGCAAGAAUAAACUAUCUUACGACUCCGCUUUGGAGAUAGUUAUGAAAAAACGCCUUGUCUAUCCAAAUAUUGGAUUCGUCAAUCAGUUAAAACUAUUCGAAGUAAUGAAGUGGAAAGUGGAUCGAAAAUCACCCGUCUACACGCAGUAUGCCAGCAUCCGGACGUUCAGAGGUUCCAAUAUUGCCUACAACCGUACUGAUUCAUCUACAACUAUAGCAACACGAGACCCUGUCCAACCGGCCACAUUCAAAUGCCGCAAAUGCAGACGCGCAUUGUUUUCUUCGGCGAAUCUGGUUAGUCACUGUCUUCCGGAUAGCACCACACCAUCAUCGGAAUCGGUGGACGUUGAUGGAGAGGAUAAUGUCGAGAUCUCGACAGUCUUGAUCAAAGGUAUCACCCUGAAUGCAGUCCCAACCCCGUGCACCCGCGAUGAAUUGUUCACUGAUCCACUGGAAUGGACUAGACCCUAUACGCACGAGGUUGAGGGGAAACUCUACUGUCCCGGUUGCCAAGCCAAGGUUGGUUCCUUCAACUGGUGUGGUGAACGGUGCGUCUGCGGCACUUGGGUCACUCCUGCUUUCCACUUCAAUCGCAAUCACCUCGAUCGGAUUGAUAGACGUCUGGCCUCAUCCCAGUCAACAACGCAGCCACUGUUUUCUGCCCCCAAUAAGGUGGAACCUACCAGUACGUCUUCGUCGCCGUCUGUGGCCAUCAAGUGAAAUUUUAUAUACUUUCCUUGUCCUUCACGUUCGCUCUGCACAAAGCUAUUUUGAAUACAUUCUUCC